AUGCUUUAUUUAAAAACACUAAAAAUUUUAGGUUUUUUUCUUUAAUUGCUGUUCCAACAUUAAGAAUAGAAAUUAUUAUUAAAGAGAAUUAAUAUUAGUCAGAAAAAGUGCUUGCUACUAUUGAAUAUUUAUAAAAUAGUGCAACAAGCUCAUAGUUGUUGUAAGUUCAAGGUUUCUCAAACAUUAUGUUACAAUAAAUUUAAAUUAAAAAUUGAUUUAGUUUAGAUAAAUCUAUAAUUUCUAUAUAAUCUAAUCCUUUGGUGGAAUUUAACCAUAUUGAAUAAAUACUAAUUAGAGAAGUGACCUUUAUUGGAAACAUACUGCUAAAAAUAACCUUAGGAAUUUUUUUUUCCUUAAUUGAAAUCUAUUUAAAGAAAACUUAAGAGAUAACUAUGGAGAAUAUUCAAUAUUAAGGAAAUAUAUUUGAUUUAUAUGAAACUGAUCCAAUAGAUAAUUCUGCUAGUCUGGCUCGUAUUGAAUCAGGAGAAAGUAAAAUAAGGACAAACAAUAUCCUUUGUCUCACAAAGCUUUAACAAAUUCAUCUAAUUCAUUUAUUUCCAUCAUUUCAAAUGAAGAUUCAGUUGAAAAAAUUUUAAACUUUUAAUCAUAAUUAUUUAGAUACUAAAUUAUGGGAAAAAUAUUAUUAAUUGUAAAUUCACAGUCAAUUUAUUUAGGAUCAAAUUACCUAUCUUAUCAAGAAUGCAUAUAAAAUAGAUACUAUCGAAGAAGCUCUAUCAAUUACAGCCUCACAAAUAUAAUUUAAGAAUGGGUUAUUUGAUAAUAUCAUUGCAUCAAGAGGCUUAAUUUGUGAAAUGAGCUGA